AUGUGUUCUGCCCUGUUGCGCGGUCGCGCCGCACUCGCGUUGGCGUCGGUGCGAUGGACGCCACCCGCCACAUUGCCACCACGGCUGCAGCAGAGGCGGUGCUUUGCGAUGCUGGCCGCCCCGACCCCCCUGCUGCGCUGCAGCUUUAGCUGGGAGGUGCCGCUCACCAUUCCACAGCUGCGAGAGCGGCUGCGCUGUCAGCAACGGGACGACGCCCCACGCAUGCAGACGAUAGAAACGGAGUGCUGCCUCAUUCUAACGCUUGCACGCAGCCCGCGUGCUGAGGAGCGGGCGGAGGCGCUCGAGUCUGGCGAGGCGCUGUGGGUG